GGUAAUGAUGAUGAUGAUGAUGAUGACGACGACGUGUCGGAUGAUGAUGAUGAUUCGGAUGAUUCGGAUGAUGAUGAUUCGGAGGAUGAUGACGAUUCGGAUGAUGAUGAUGAUGAUGAUGAUGACGAUGAUUCGAAUGAUUCGGAUGAAAUUCGAAAGCUACGAAAUCGAAUUAUAUGCACAAUAGGACAGAUUGUAGUCAAUGUAACAAUAUUUUUUGUUUUGUUUCACCAACCGGUCGAAUAA